GGAAAGGAAAAGAGUGGCGUACCUACAGCUGUGCCGUAAACGCGAUUAUGUUUCGUCGCUGGCAAACCCAUUCAGUGCUCCUUACGGCACGAAGGAACUUGGUACUGCCGCUGCAGCCGUCUCCGGUGACUCUCAGUGGUCCGAGCUGUGUUCACGGGGAAGAGGAAACCGCGCGUGGACCGAAUCAGAUCGGGCCGCGAUCUCGUGUACUCCGUUCCAGUUCGAUCUCGCAUUUGUUUUCGAUUUGAAAAACCCGCGAAUACUGUUUCCGUAACACCGGGUGGUUUCGUGCCAAUUGUUCGGACGCGUUGCGUGUGAAUAUUAUUCUUAGUACAUGAAGCGUUACGCGAUGGAGAUCGAAGUUCGUACAAAAAAUUAAUCGACGGUGCACGCAUACGGUGCAGCUGUUGGUUCGUGGGACCAUCGAAGCAUUCGGUUUUUGUUUCAGAGUUAACGAGACACGGAGAACGAGAAUAGCAGAAGUUUCCGUUAUUAGGAUUCUACGAGGGGGCGGGAUAACAAGUGCAAAGGAGUAUCGAAGACAACCGAGUUGCAUAGCGUGUUACCAGCGUUACACUCUCUCCAUUAUCAUUACCGGCAUCCUUGCGUCGUAAAACGUCAUCCAUGGGGGAAACGGAUAGGGACACGUACGCGGGGAUGACUUUCCAAUGAUCGCAAAAAGUGGAUCGCAGUAGCUGACAGUGGAAGCGGAACCGCGGUGGGAAACGAUGGUUUACAGAGGCAGUUUACAGACGGAUGAUCCCAGGGAUGCACCGAAGCUGGUCAGGAUGUCGCCGCUCCGAACCAGCAGGCCGAGCAAUCCCGUGUCCAAUCCACGAUCAGCCACCACCGUCAAUAGCCCGGUGUAUCAUGGCCCGUUUGUCCCAGCAAUCGACGUUCAUCGGGCGAGAUUGAUCGAUGAAAGACGUUUGCCCCGUGGGAGGGAUAUCGAAUCUAUGGAGAAGGUUAUCAUGAGGACCACUGGAGUGAAGGUCGCGCCGAGAUUAAGAAACAUCAGUCAGAUACGGGACACGGUGUUUGUCGACUCUUCUCUGAUACCAAUGGAGAAGAUCGGUCGACCGGAGAGGGACCGACCGAGAACAAUCAACGUAGACGGUUCCAUCAGGGCGGGCAGAGCGGCGAGCUCCAUGCUUGCUGAUCUGAAGGAUCUGGAGAGACUGCGGAACACUCCGCCAGCUCAGAGGUGUCCCAGGCUCGCGACCAAGAAUGAAACGAGGUCUUCGACGCCUGGCAAGAAGACGGAGGUUACCAGCUCGGCGAAGAUUCGAUCGGAUAUUCUCAAGAUACAGCAGAUGUUCCAAACUCCUGAUAGCUCCCCAAGGGCCGUGGUGAAGUGUACGAACGAGAGGAGGACAGAGAAGAGAAACGAGCCCGAGAGACACGAGAAGAAACCCGGCACGGAAAUUAAUAAAACGAGAUUACUUGCUCAGAAGCUGUUGGAGGCUUCUAGGAAUAACCGGGAGUCGCUGAAGGAUCGGUACAAUCCGAGGAACGCGAGGGAUGCUAGGGAAACGAACGGCAGGGUGUCGGGUAAACCUUUGCAAAGAAGCAGCGUGGAUUCUAAGCAAUCGAAGAAGGGAAAAAGUGUAAUAGAGGAAGUUCAUCCACAGCCUCCAGUACGGAAGAGAAGAGAAUCGAAGAACAGACAGAACGGGUCCGUCAGUGACGCUGAAAAGAAUGACGAUAUUAAAGAAUACUCAAAGACUAUAGAGAAAGAUAUUGAAACUCCGUCCAAACGAAACGACUCCUCGCAUUCCGCUGACACAAUGGAGGAAUCGAACAUGAAGAUAAAGGAGCUCGACAGACCGGACAUCCUGAACGGAUUGUUGAAGGAAACUGAUCAGCAAUUGGCUGAUUUGAAGUCCGAUUUGCAUGACAGAGGAAGAUCACGGAGUCAUUGGAGAGGAUUCGUACAAUCAAUGAGACUGCACGACGUUGAGCUUCACUCGGAUAGCGAAGAUCAGAAAAAGGACCUGAAUUUAUGGAAUAAGAGCAUCAGCCAACGAUGGAGAAAACUGAGACGAAGGUGUUCCGUGCAGGAGACCUCGGAGCCUCAGGAGGCACUGUUGCAAGGUGGGGCGACCCAGGGAGUUAUUCAGGCAGCAAGGUCCAGUCCAGCUAGCAGGGAGUCCUCGCCGGCCGCCAAAAGUCUGCAGGACGGCAACUCGCCCAAGAAAUUACUGCAAACUAGCUCCUUGAGGUUGCCAGGCACCACCAAGGGCAUCGCCGACAUCCAGCACGUACUGCGAAGCAAGUUUAGUAAGAUAAACGCUGGUAUUCGAAAGAGGAAGGCGUUGAGUGUCACGGAGGUGUUCUCGCAAAAGGAUAACGCGUCGAACUUCUACGUCCCGAGUCCAUUGACCUCUUCCAAUAGUCAGAAUUUCGAAGACGACUACGAUUCCAGUGAACCGGCCUCCCUUCCGCCGUAUCCUUUCCACGACAACCUCGAGACCCUCGCCGAGGGCAGCGUGCCGAAUUCUCCUAACUGCAGCAGUCCGUUGACGAGCAGCAACAAGACGUUCACGUACUCGCAAAGCAGUAGCGCGUACGACUCGCCGAUUCUCAGUCACGAUCAGAAAGACGCGUACGAGAACGUGCUCUACGCUAACAACUCGUCGCCUGGGUGCUGUUCGAGGCCCAGGGGUAUGUUGCAUCGCAGCAAUUCCGAGAAUCGCGAUACGUGUCGACACCAGGAUCACUCGUACGAGAACGUACGGUAUCAACGGGGUCACAGAUCGGAGCUGACGCCGUCGGUCACUCCCCAAGCGGAGAGGCAUCUGGCACGGAGCAACUCCGAGACGAGGGACCAACAUUCCUAUGAGAACAUCCACUUCCAGAAGAAUACGAAGUCCAGGAACCAGUCCGAGCCGUCGUUCGAGGAGAUUCAUAUACCUAGGGUGACGCCCAGAAAGAGGGCGACCGACUUCAAAGUAGGCGGGCAGGUGAACAAUUACACGAACGGCUCCGGAUCCUGCGUGAACAAAGAAGACGGUCCUUCCAGUCUGGGGGCUGAAAAAAGUCCGGGCAAGAAGACUACGAGACGGUUGAACAGCAGAAGCGUCGCCAACAUUCCUAGUUCCUCCGGUGCCGGGUUGAAGACUUGGCAAGGUACGCAAGACACGGACGAAGGCCUGAAUACCGACUCCGAACUCGAAGACAUCGACGAAGCCGGCGAGGGUGAAGAGUCGAGAUUCUGCACCCUACCGAGGCCAGGCAAGGGUGGCGCGUCAUUCACGAUACUGACAGCGAGAUUCCUGAAGGGUCCCGGACACAAAGGGCUCGGUUUCAGUAUCGUCGGCGGUACGGACAGUCCACGUGGGAAUAUGGGCAUCUACGUCAAGACGAUUUUCCCCAACGGCCAAGCUGCUGAUCUUGGAACUGUCAAAGAAGGGGACGAAAUUUUGUCGAUAAAUUCGAAACCUCUUCAUGGUAUGACGCACGCCGAGGCGAUCGCCGAGUUCAAGUCCGUGAAAGCCGGUGACGUUGUUCUGCACGUCGGCCGUCGGGUGAACAAGAAAAAGAGGGACUCCCUGACGCUACCACCCGUCGCUCCGGCGCCUCGUCAGCAAAUCAAGUGAAUCGUUGUCGGCCACUUCCCAAUUCGCGUUUCCCGCGAGAACGUUACGUUUCCAUUCCGUAUUUUAACGCGUCCAGGAUCAAUGUCUUGAUAUCAUACGAAAAAGUCUCGUUCCAGUUUUUGUUGAUCAUACAGAGGUGGAUCUCGCGCAGUGACAAGUUCGUCUAUAUUCGAAGUAGACUCUUGUUUUAUAAGUGGAGUGAUUAUAAAACAGUGGAAGAGAUAAGGCAAUUUAAGCUGUUUAAAAUGUCGAAACGAGGAACUGAACGCGCGUUUAUUCCUGUGGAAGUUUACUUGUUUAGUGAUAGCGAAGAUCGUACCGUCGCUCGAAUCGAAGACGUGUUUGGGAACGUCACGAAAUUAAAUCUAAGCACGGGAUCUAUAAACGAAUCAAAAAUGAUAUAAAUUCUAUGAUAUUCGAAUAUCUAUUCGGUGUUUCGACAUAUAUUUAUCGAUGAAGCUUUUAACCGUUCUUCAAAUAAUCAUCAAAGUCGCUAUUAGCGUUUUCGCAGCGUUCAAAGCUGUGGCUUUCGUACGUUUUUGGCGUACCGAAUUUUACAUUACGAAACAGAAAGCGUUACCUAUUUUUGUCGAAAUUUUCUCGGAUACGAGAUGUAUUUUUUAAACGAUCUUGAUGUUUAAAAUCCAAUCCGCGUGAGCACGGACAAGGAAACGAUCGAAGAAAACAAAUCAAUGUCCUCCAUACUUAGUAGUUAGCGGAAAGCAGCGAUUUAUUUUUGUAAAACGCGAGAAUCAUCGCGCCGGACAGUAAAGAGGAAGGCUCGGGACAUCGAACGCACGUUAAUUAACGAAUUGACAAAGAGAAAAGAGGAAAAGCAACGCUUCAGUCUGUGACACGGCCUGAUCGAAGACAAGACUCGCGCGAGAGACAGGAUACGAAAAAUUUGCGCGUUGUCGCGAGCAUGAAUCGAAUUAUUUUUUAACGCAUAUGCAGAGUAAACGAUGAUCGCCCAAAGAUGAAGCCCAAAAAAUAUUUUUAUUACGAGAAGAAUAAUUAUGCCGCAAGAACGGAGGAACGCAUAUCUAUAGAAUUAUACGUGUAUAAUAAUAAUUACAUAGAAAUAUAUUUUGACGAAUUGAACGAGACGCGUUUAUUUUAUAAGCCGAUGCAAUUUUGUUAUUAGUAUCUAGUCCAUCUGUAAUAUUUCGUUUCAAGAGCAACAAUUUCUCUAUAUUUCUUACUAUCUCACUUGAUAUAAAGUUUAAAGAAAAAUGAAAGGAAAAAAAAUAUAUACAUAUAUAUAUGUUAUAUAUAUAUGCAUAUAUCUAUACGGUGAUAUACAUAUGAUUAUAUAUUUCUUAUAUCGAUUUUUCAUGGUGUAACGAAACGAGCGUAAUCGAUCGAUGAUUAGUUAGAGUUUAAGGUUCAACGAUGUAUUACAUGACCGACAAGAAUGGAGAAAUUGAUUCUAACAUAGCGAUCAUCACGUCUGCCUCUUCCAUCGCUUUGACAGCACUUAUUUCGUCUUUCAGGGAUUAAAGCGACUACGUUAACUAAGUUAGAAUUAAUCUCUCGAUAAAGAAGUCAUGCGUGUAUUGAAGGAAACGAGAGCUGUUUGGAACCGUUUCUUUUUGGCUUUAUUAACCAUAAUCCGUGUCAAAAACUACAAUUACAUCAAUUUCAUCUGUCCAUAAUUAUUACCCUGUUACAUGUCAACGAUCCGAAUUUUCGUGUACGAUAUACAUCAUUAAUCGAAUGAAUUCAUUUUGCUCGAUGCUCUGCGAGGAUUUAAAAGAAUCCAGUUAUCCAUUGACACGCAACGCGUGAUACGACGUUAUACACGCGUGUUGAACAGUACGAUUCUCUUUUUAUUAAAACAAAAUAAAAUUGACCACAUACAUGUCUUCUCUAUCAUAAAUAUGUAAGUGCAAUUCGAUGUUGCAUGCAUACGAACUAGUUGGAGAGUGUCGUUGUGUUUCCUACUUACUACGCGGGGUCGAAAAAAAAAAACAAAUAAAUAAUUCGCAUAAAGGAAA